AUGCAAAGUAAUUCAGUGCGUUGCAACAGUGAAAUUCCCCAAAUGGACUCAUUUUUUGACCUUUUCGGCCCGUCCCCAACGUCAUCGGGUUCGAGCAGCGACACGGACCUCCGGAACGGGAAUGAUGACGACAGUAACGAGCGGAUCGACACCAUCAUAUACAGCAGCAACGACUUGGAGCUGAAGGGCAUCGACUUCAACCGUGGCUUCCUGCCACCCGAGCCCCAGCUCGGUAACAUUGAGUACAAACUAAAGCUGAUCAAUCCUUCGAAGCAACGGUUCGAGCAUCUGGUGACGCAGAUGAAAUGGCGCUUGCGGGAAGGCAAUGGUGAAGCGAUCUACGAAAUCGGUGUAUCCGACUCUGGUCAUCUGCAUGGGCUGAAUGACGAAGAUAUGACGGUGUCGUUGCAAACGCUCAAUCAAAUGGCCCGCAAGCUGGACGCUUCGACGAGCAUCCUGCGGCGGAAAAGUCUCGCCGACCAGCGUAGCGUCGUGGAGGUGUUGGUGCGCAAGAUUCCCGACGAUCAGCACAACAUCGAGGUGCGAGUCGCCGUACUGGGUGGUGCCGAUGCGGGCAAGUCCACCCUGCUCGGUGUGCUGACGCAGGGCGAGUUCGACAAUGGGCGCGGACUGGCCCGGUUAAACAUGUUCCGGCACAUGCACGAAAUACAGACGGGCCGGACGUCCUGCAUAUCACACGAAACGCUCGGCUUCGAUGCGGAAGGCAGCGUGAUUAACUACAAGUACAACGAGAUGAUGACGGCGGAAGAGAUUAGCGACCGGUCGACGAAGCUUGUCACCUUCAUGGAUCUGGCUGGGCACCGGCGCUAUCUGAAAACGACCGUCCAGGCCCUGUCCGGGUACUGUCCGCACCACGCACUGAUUGUGAUAGCGGCCGGCAACAUUAGCAAUAUGACGCGCGAGCAUCUAGCGAUCAUCCACGCGCUGGACAUCUCGUUCUCGAUCAUCGUCACGAAGAUUGAUCUCGCACCGCCCGAACCGAUCCUGUUCGAGCUGAAGAAUUUGCUCACCUCGAUCGGUUAUCGGAAGGUACCGUACUUAAUUAGCAACCAGGACGAUGUGCUGAACGCGAACGCGCACCAGAACGUGGAACAGAUCGUGCCCAUCUUUUGCGUGUCGAACGUGACCGGCGCGGGGUUGGAUUUGCUCAUCCAGUAUCUGUACGUGCUCUCACCGGGCAUCAGCAACGCGGAGAAGGAACGACUCGAACAGCAACCGAUCGAGUUUCAGAUCGAUGAGAUAUUUCGCGUUUCCGAAGUGGGAACCGUGGCCGGUGGGUUACUCUGCAAAGGAGUACUCACCGAGAACAGUCAGGUGAAGGUGGGCCCACUGCAGGACGGAUCGUUCUUUUCGGUCACAGUCCAAACGAUUCAUCGUAACAAAGCACCGUGCCGGGUGGUGCGCGCGGGACAAAGUGCUUCACUGUCCUUUAGCACGGUCGAACCGAUGCCUGCGUUGCGCAGCGGAAUGGUAAUACUGCCCGACUAUGAAAGCAACGAUGUUGCAUGUGGGUGCUUCUUCUUUCAGGCACAAGUGUCCGUGCUGUUUCACGCGACACGUAUCUUCAAAGGAUUUCAGACUACCGUGCACAUCGGUAGCAUUCGACAAACGGCCAUCAUCGAGGGUAUCAUGGGUGCCGGGGACACCGGCAUCGGUACAAACCAAUCCGCCUCGGUACUGUUCCGGUUCGUGCGCCAUCCUGAGUACGUGCGUCCCGGGAUGCGAAUCCUCUUCCGCGAAGGUACCAGCAAGGGCAUCGGCAAGGUAACGCAGGUAUUCCCGCUGAAGAAAACACUUAACACUACCACCACCGGCUAG